CACAUCUUUCAAAAAGUCUAAAUUUUUUCACAUACUUUUAUAUUUCAAGAAAAACUAAUUUUACGAGUAAUGAACACGUAUUGGAUUUGUUCCGAAUUUAUUCGCUAGGAUUAUUGUCAUCACUUUCACUUUUCACGCUUUUUGCCGAUAAUAGUGGUUUUAGUUUGUGUACAUUACAACAAACUCCAGUCGCCAUGGAUGACACCAUGUCGACUCUUACGAAAAUGACCCGCACAGUCAAAAAACUUGAAGUACCCAGACCCCUUAAAUCGACGACUAGUUCUGCACAUAACCGCAACUCGGUAUUAGAUGUUAAAAUAAAUUCUGUUGAUGACUUAAUAGUACUGACGGAGGCAGUUGCUUAUCAAAUGAUGCAGGGGAAUUUUGAUCGGGCUCUUCAAAGUAAUGUUUCAACCAUGUAUUCCAAUCUGAAACUCUAUGGAGCUCAAUUAGAGGCAUUGUACAAAGACUUCUUAGACAGGUAUUUUGUUGUAUUCCGCAAUGGAUCCCAGGAUGAGCGACUAGAUAAGAAAACUCGACUUCAUUUGCUUGAGUUGAUUGAGUUGCGCGCUAAACACUGGCAGGGAUCUGACUAUAUGAGUCAAUACUACCGACACCGUGGCACCCAUGCAGAGCCACUUUUGGUGCCAACAAUGGAGGGUGCAGGGUCCGGUGGCUCGGUGUCCCCGACGCUGGCUGCGCCCGCCGAGCCGCCGACCCUGCUUGGACCGGGAGAAGUCAUCAAGCCUUCUGGAAAGUUCCCUAAGCCCACUAAGAUUCCUGGAAAGAAUUACUCAAAGGAUGAGGUUGUUAUCAGAAAUGCUGAUUCUGGAAAAGUGAUGGGUAUCAAGGGCAGGCGGGUGCACAUGAUCGAGGAGCUAAGUGAUACAAUAAUAUCCUUUCAGAGAGUGAGUCCUGGAGCUAAAGAGCGAUUGGUGCAAAUUACUGGCCCCAAUGAGGAGAAUGUAAACCACGCGAAGCACCUGAUCGGCGACACGAUUCGCCGCAACGCGUCGCCCGUGCGGCUGGAGGGCGCGCUCGAGGGCGGGCUGGGCGCUUCCCGCGCGUCGCUCGACUCCAACGGCUCCGACGAACCGGUGCGCCCUAGAGAGAAAUCGCCACAUAACAAUAGGGCUCUGCUUCAUAGUUUUUCAACCAAUGAUGCUGCCCUAGGAGAGUAUAAGUACACUGUGACUUUUGGCCAACAUUCCAUUAAGAUCACUGGUAACAAUUUGGAUCUCGUUAAGACGGCGAAGCUGGUGCUGGACGAGUACUUCGAGAGCGCGGGCGCGCUGGAGGCGAUGGGCGCGGGCUCGGGCGACUUCUUCACGCUGUCGCAGCGGCCCGCCGCCGCGCUGCUGCUGCGCGACGACGCCGCGCUCAACGGCGCCGACGACGACGACGUGUUCGCGCCGCCCGCCGCCGACGACCACGCAGGCGACGGCGAGGCGGUGCCGCGCCGGCCGCGCUUCUCGCGCGCCACCUCCACCGAUAAGAACCAAGCUACAUGUGUGUGGCACGGCGCAGGUGCAGCGGGCUCGCGGCAGGUGUACACGUACGAGACGCUGGUGCAGUACGCGGACUCGCCGCUGAGCAAGCUGCCGCCGGCCGGGCUGGCGUCGUUCCCGCCGGACCUCGCGCGCAAGAAUGGAUAUUCGAGAGGGGUACAAUACAGAGUUGCCUGGAGUUUGACAGCGCCAGUUAUUUGAAGAAGGUUCGUGCCGCGGUCACCGUCGCAGCUGUAGAUGCGCCCGACUCGCCUGAACCAGAAUAAUGCCCAGAAUAAACACGUGGCGCGCGCACGCACACUCACGCACUCACCACACACUCGCACUCACACCUCACACACGUGCGCGAGCGAGACCACAGUUGCCUGAGCAUAUAUUUUCCAGCAGCUUCACUCCUUUAUAUUCAUUCGCGAGACCCGUGUCUUUACUUUUGAGCUAGGUUACCUAUAGAGUCCUGUCGCUUUAGCCUAGCUAAGACCCGUCCGUCUCUUGAAGAUUUCUCACGCGCUUGAUACACUAAUAUAGCGGACUUAUAUUUAUAUUUACUCACUAAAAGUAUUAGCUCACCAAAAUAUUUAUUUUAUUUAAUAUGGAUAUCGUAGUAUGUAGUUUUUAAUCCAUUAUUUACGAAAUAAUGAGUGUGGAUCUACUAAAGUUUGUGAUAAAUUGUAAUCACGCAGAGAUAUGUUGCGUUGUUAAAAUUCUUCGUCCGCAAUAUAUGAUCUCUUUUCGUAAUACUUUCAACGCUAAUGCAUUGCUCUUAAAUAUUUAUACUCUGUAUAAUUAGUACCUUCAAUAGAACAAGUUUAGUGACGUUUAAAGCAGACAUGAUGGAAAUGGAAUUUGAAACGUAGACGUCCGCUGUGCAUGUUUCUUAAUAUAUUUUUGUUGUGUAUACUCUGAGGAAACAUUUAGUUUCUUAUAUCAUAGAGUGAUUCCAUUUAUUUUAAGAAGAAUGCAUGCAUUUCUUUGUGUGUUUGUAUACUCAUAUUCAAACUUGUAUCUAGUGUCUAGUCUUGUCAUAGAUAUCGAUUCUCAAUAUGUCGUAAGAUUUUAUUUUCACGGAAAGGCCUGGAUGGUAUAUAUAUUAUAUAUUUACAUACAGAUUUCAUAUUGAGAAAGAGUUUUUUUAUUAUUUUCUCGUUGUUCUUUAAAAAUUUUAUGAAUUAAUGGCAGCUUAUUAUUGUUUUAAUUAUGAAAUUAUCUCGAUCUAGGUUCCAGGCUAUCCUAUAUUGUUUAAAUGUAUUUCACGAAUAACUGAUAAAGGAAAA